GUGGGAGGAAACUGGAGUAGCCGGAGGAAACCCACGCAGGCACAGGGAGAACAUGCAAACUCCAGGCAGGUGGUACUGUGGUCGGGAUUUGAACCAGCGACCCUAGUACUGCCAGCAGGGCAGAGGACAGGGGUCACUGCUGGCAGGGCAGAGGACAGGGGUCACUGCUGGCAAGGCAGAGGACAGCAGUCACUGCUGGCAGGGCAGAAGGCAGGGGUCACUGCUGGCAGGGCAGAGGACAGAGGUCACUGCUGGCAGGGCAGAGGACAGAGGUCACUGCUGGCAGGGCAGAGGACAGGGGUCACUAAUGGCAGGGCAGAGGACAGGGGUCACUGCUGGCAGGGCAGAAGACAGAGGUCACUGCUGGCAGGGCAGAGGACAGGGGUCACUGCUGGCAGGGCAGAGGACAGGGGUCACUGCUGGCACGGCAGAAGACAG